UACAUGUGCGGAUGUCUGCCGUGAGUCAGUGGAGUUCACUGAACCGUCGCGAGGAACGUUUCCGCCCAUAAGAAAGAUGGCGGCUCCCUUGCUGGAGAGUCUGUCGGAGUCCUUAGGUUCCCCGGAGCCAGCGGUUCGACUAAUUUUAUCUAUUUUAAUCGGGUAUCCCUGUGCUCUGGUGUACCGGCAGUUCUUGUUCUACAAACCUGCCAGAGUUAUACACUUGUUCCACACGGUCUCCGGACUGGGUCUAGCAGCAUUCAACUUUGGCUCCCAGCUCUAUCACUCUGCAGUAUGCAUCCUCGUCCAAUUCCUGAUGCUGAGGCUCAUGGGAAGGACAGUAACAACUGUCCUGAGCAGCUUUACCUUUCAAAUGGUAUACCUGCUGGCAGGUUAUUACUAUACAGCCACGGGGGAGUAUGACAUCACAUGGACCAUGCCUCAUUGUGUCCUCACACUCAAACUUAUUGGUUUAGCAUUAGAUUUCUAUGACGGCGGGAAGGAACCUAGUCAGCUGAGCGCAGAGCAGAAAAAAUCCGCCCUGCUGUCUGUGCCCUCUCUCAUCGAGGUGUACGGCUUUUCUUACUUCUACGGAGGCUUCUUGGUGGGUCCCCAGUUUACACUUCGCAGCUACCAGCAGUUAGUGGCCGGGGAACUCACUGACUGCCCCAGAAAACCUCCCAACAGUGUUAUACCUGCAAUGAAGAGAUUUGCAUUAGGCUUUCUCUGCCUGGUGAUAUAUGCAAUAUUUAGUCCCUAUUACUCAGACAGCUACUACUUAACAGAUGAGUUUGAGGCUCAACCUUUCUGGUAUCGCUGUGUGUUCAUACUCCUCUGGGCUAAAAUAAUUUUGUACAGAUACGUCAGCUGUUGGGUUAUAGCGGAGGGUGUGUGUAUAUUAUCUGGACUGGGCUAUAAUGGUAUGGUGAAUGGAGAGCACCAGUGGGACGCCUGUGCCAACAUGAAAGUGUGGCUCUUUGAAACCACGCCACUUUUCCAAGGAACCAUCGCUUCCUUCAACAUCAACACAAAUGCCUGGGCUGCCAGACAUGUUUUCAAGCGACUGAAGUUCCUGGGAAACAAAACGCUGUCUCAUGUGGCCACGCUGCUCUUUUUGGCGAUAUGGCAUGGCCUUCACUCAGGUUACAUCUUGUGCUUCUCCAUGGAGUUCUUCAUUAUCAUCGUAGAGAGACAGGCCUCGGCACUGGUGAGGGACAGUCCCUUGCUGACGAAGGUGGCCAACAGCCCGCUCUACCCUCUCAUCUAUGUGGUCCAGCAGUUUAUCCACUGGCUCUUCAUGGGCUAUCCGUUAGUGCCAUUCUGCCUCCUCACCUAUGACAGAUGGCUCAAGGUGUAUUGGUCCGUGUAUUUCUGCGGCCAUGUAUUCUUCCUCGUAGCCUUUUUAAUCAUGCCAUACCUCCGGAAGGUGCUGGUGCCGAAGAAAGAACGGAGCCAGAAGCAGGAUUAAAAAUCGGUACUAAGACCUGUAAUGGUCUGUUAAAGGCUGAAUAUCCACUGAAGGGAACUGUGACUUUCAAGGAGCAGAAUGGAAAAUAUUUUAAGGCCUUUAGUAAUAAAUAUAUAUAUAAAUAUAUAUAUAUAAAUGUCCAUGUAAAAAUAAAUUUCUAUAUAUUUUUGUGUUUUAAAAUGGGAGGGUGUUUUUAUAAACAUUUUGAGAAAUGUUUACAGGAAACGACCAUCGUGCCACAUGGGGUAAUUGUGAGCCAAUCAGGGGUGAUUUCCUGUUUGUUUGUCGUGUUUUUUUCUCUCUUUAAUGAACUGUGGAGGACUUGAGAGACUUUACAUGCUGUCGACACAGAUUUGCACUCACCAGUCACGGGUUCAGAGUCUAGCAUGGGCUCUGAUGUGUUGUUAUUUUUUGUUGGAAUCAUUUCUCUGUCUCAGAUCAAACACCCACGUUGAAGCAGCAACAGCAAGCAUUCACAGAAGGUUAAAGCACAGUGCCAGCCUAUGUGCAACUCCCUGAUGUAAUAGUGACACAAAGGGCAACAGCUUUCUGCAAACCACGGACGGUAAUGAUAAUAAUAAUGGUAAUCAAAGGGUCUCUUAAAAGGCUGCCAGUGGUUAUACAAGCACUGUUAAUCACA